AUGCACAGUCCUUUUAACCUAAAAAAUUCUGUUAGCCAAUCAAGAAUCAAGGAUGCAUUUCAUUUAUAUGAACACUUACUGGAACUUAAGAAUAAUGACUGUGAACGACUUACAGCAGAAAUUAAACAAAUGGGAAAUACGGUUAGUGUACUACAAAAGGAGCUAUCUGAAACAAAAAAGACAAAAUUGCAGCUAGAGCAUCAGAAAAUCGAAUGGGAACAAGAGCUGGGCAGUUUGAGACUUGCCUUAAGACAAGAAAAAGAGAAGAAAGAAAAUGGCGAUACAUUGUGUAAUAAAGUCAGUGAACAGUUAAGAAUAAAAGAAGAGGAAUGUAGGAAAAAGGCUGAAAUGACGCAGCAACUUAAAUGGACUCUGAGAAAACUCAUUAAGGAACUGAGGAUGGUCGAACAGCAGCGAAACAAUGCCCAGCAGCAACUUUCCGAAGAACAGAAUGCCAGAAUAUUACGAGAUCAGAUUCUGACCAGUAAACAAAAGGAGCCAGAAAUGGCUCAAAAGAAAAUGGAUUCUGAGAUUUCUCAUAGGCAUAAGAAAGAAAAGGAUCUCUUGUAUGAAAAUUGCAUGUUGCAGGAAGAAAUUGCCUUGCUGAGACUGGAAAUAGAUAUAUUAACAAAUCAGAACCAGCAAAAGGAGAAGAAAUAUUUUGAGAACAUUGAAGUUGUGAAAGAAAAUAAUGAUAACCUUCAAAAAAUUAUUAAACUAAAUGAGGAAACAUUAACAAAAACAAUAGUUCAGUACAGUGGACAACUGAACGAUUUGGCAGCUGAGAACAAAAUACUCAAUUCUGAACUGGAGAAUGAAAAACAAAACCAAGAAAGACUGGAAAUAGAAAUGGAAUCAUACCGUUGUAGACUGGCUGCUGCCCUACGUGACUGUGAUCAAAGUCAGACACAAAGAGACCUAAACCUUCAUUUCCAGAGAAUAAGACAAGAGUGGAUUGAUUUACAGGACAAAAUGAAGGCUGAUAUGUCUGACCUACAAGCUACGAAUGAGAUUCUUUCUGAAAAACUUUCUAAUGUUGAAAAUAAAAUCAACAGCCUACAAAUUCAGCUCCGUAACACAAGAGAUGCUGUUGAAGAAAAGAAUUUGAUUUUGGAAGGUGUGCAAAGAGACCUCAGACAAACACAGUGUCAGAAGAAAGAAAUUGAACAAAUGUACCAAACUGAACAAAGCAAACUGAAGAAAUCCAUUGCAAAGCUGGAAUCUGUAGAGGAGAGAUUAUUUCAACUACAAAAUGAAAAUACGUUGCUUCGACAGCAACUGGAUGAUACUCACAAGAAAGUGAACAGACCAGAAAAGACAAUCAGUACUCUCCAUGACCAGCUUCAGGCUGUUGCCAGAAAUCUUCGAGCUGAGAGUGAAAAGCAGAGUCUUCCACUACAAGAGAAGAACAAGGAAUUCCUGGAUGAAUGUUAUUAUUUUAAAAAAAUAAUGGAUCAGUGUGAGAAAGAGAAACCAGGAAGAAAAGAUGACCUUACAGAAGCACAGGAAACUGCACAAUCACAAUGUCUACAUGUGGACCCAGUGAUUCUUCUUCAGCAGACACUAUUCUCUACGACAGCAUUAAGAAAGAAAUAUAAAACACUACAGAAAGAAAAUAUGCAGCUGAAACAGGAAAUUAUAAGUCUCAAAAGUAAUAAUGAGAGAAAUACGUUAAAACGUGGUGAAGCUGAACGGUAUGAAGUGCUGAUUGAAGGAAGAUCAGGACAGAAGAUAGUAGAAAAGUUAAACGAAAUGCAUCUCCUCUUGCAGGCUCAAGCAGCAUCUCUAGAAAAGUUUCUGCAAAGGCUGAAUGAUUUUGCUUCAGAAGGAGCUCAGAUGUAACUGAAAAUCCAAGAUCUGGAAUCUGAACUCUCCAGAAUAAAAACUUUGCAAGCUGCUGCUAAUAAAACAGAAUUACAAAGGUUUCAGGAACUCUACCUAAAAGAAGCAAAAGCUGUAAGAUCCUUGUCAAAAGAACUGAGAAGAACCAAUGAGAUGAUAGCAGAGGUCAGUACCCAGCUUACUGUGGAGACGGAGAAGACCAGAUAUCCAGCCACUGCUUCUCCUACAAGGUCAGUCCUCGAGUCACCUUCUGUGGGAAAUCUUAAUGAUAGUGAAGGUCUCAACAGAAAACAUAUUCAAAGAAAAAGCUUUCUAAAACUAUAAACCCAAGACCCUUUCUUAUUUCAGAUGCAGCAGAAGUUGGAAAAUGAUAUGCCUAUAGGAGCAGCAGCUGCUGCUAAAUGUGAACCUGGAUCCCAUAUAGCUUCUCUUCUAGGAUUUGCACAUGAGGCAAUUGUGAAGCAAGAAUCAGUUUUGGAAGCAGCAAAAGAAUAUGCACAGAUUGUGAACAGAAAGUACAUGAUCUGAAAGAUAAGGCAAUUUUAUUUCUAGGCUGUUCACUUGAUAUUUUGUUUCCCAUUAAAUAUAUGAUGUGAACAUUUUUAUUAAAGGAAAAUAUUUCAUAUUAUGCAUGUCUGAUCAGAAUUUAUGUAGUAUUUAAAAAAAUGUUUCUUGGCCUCUUCAGCUAACUUUUCAGUGGAUUUUACAAAUGAAAAUCAGUAUUGAAUUUUA